GGCGAAGCACGAGCGGCAGGGUACCUCCCCACCCCGUCGGCCCGCACGUGCGCGCGUGGUUGGUGGCCGCUUUCUUGGGAGGGCAGGGAUGAAGAUUGGCAGAGCGCUUGAACUGUGGAUCCCGUGGGCCCAUCACUGUCGUCUCAUAGGCGAAAGCGUCUCUGGGAUGCCUCCGUGCUGUGGCGCGUGGGCCGGCCAGCAGGCAGGCGAGAGGAACGGCUCGGGAGCGAGGCGAGACCGCGGCCAGGUGAUCCUGAGAGUCACCAUCAAGCCAGACAGGCCUGUGGUGAGCUACCUGACGCCUCUGACAGGCAUGCGGGCCGAGGACAUGGAGAACGGCGUGUCCCUGGCCGAGGCCACCGAGCUCCUGAGAAGGCACUUGCCCCCGGACGCCGUCCUCGUUGGCCAGAAGCCGGACGGCGACAUCGAGUGGAUGAGACUCCGAAAAGGCAUCGACUUCGCCGAUGUGGUCGACCUCGCCGAAGUGCUGAAAGGCUUCAACCAGAAGUACGGCCAGUUCAACUACCACUCCCUGCAGCACCAGGCUGCGAUUUUAUUAGACAAGCACUCGUCCGGUGCACACGAUCCAGCUUGGGACGCGCAAGUGUCCAUGGAGCUAUACCACAAGGCGGUGGAGGCCACGGCCGAGGAGUUGGAGAAUAUGCGGCAGUCCCUGCUGCAGAAGCGGCCGGCACCCAGCGUGGCGAAGCAGUAUAACUAUGUGAUGGACGACGUGUGCUUGGCAAAGUUUAUGCCCAAAAAUUGCAUAUGUGGCAGGCCGUGCGGAUGAGCCCCGGGGAGCCACUGGCUCCUGCGCAGCUGGCUCGGGUGCUUGUCUGCCAGCCGCUUCGAGGUGUCCUGAGCGUGCAAUUCGUGUACAACUGAAUCUCCUCAUCGCCUGCGUGCCUGGGUGCGCGCGCUAACAGAAAUAUUAUUUUGGCACUGCUUUGCGUCGGCGCGUGCACGUUGCCUCCGACGGCGCUACCUGGGCUUUAGAGAUGCGCGGACAAGCGUCCGCAGCGGAGGUCAGCCGGUCUGCGCGUUUUUUGUCGGAGCGACCCGCGUCCUUCUUUGUCCUUGCACGCCCAUGCAGGAAGCUUCACUCCAACGGUGGCCGCGCUGGGGUAGUUAUGGCAUCUUUCAGACACCGUGCACACGUCUGUCUUGCGGCAUGCGUGCAGCCUGGGGCUCGCGCGCGCACAUCUCCCCUGUAACAAUACGGCGAUCCGCUCGGCGCUGCGGGCUGGAGUGCCAAAUCUAGAGCUCCGCUUGGAAGACGAGUCGGCAGGCGGAGCGAGCUUGUGGCCAUGGGCGGCACGAGAA